GUGAGGGGGUGGUGAUGAUUCAGAAGUCAGAUUUCUCACAGGAACAGCCACUUCAGUAGAUACAGAAGCACAUCGCAGUUGGCUGAAAAUACAGCUGUCACAAUGUCCAGAGUUGCCAGUCUGUCAAAGCUGCGACAAGAGAGGAUGAAGGAGAUCAACCUGCGGAAUAAAGAGAGAGAGCGCAUGAGAGAGCGUGAGAAGGCAGCAAGGGAGAGGGAAGCACGUUACAGCAAUGGUCACCUCUUCACAUCACUGACAGUGUCAGGAACCACGCUCUGUUCAUCAUGCAACAAGAGUAUUACUGCCAAGGAGGCACUCAGCUGCUCCACAUGCAAUGUCACCAUCCACAACCGCUGUCGAGACACUUUGGCAAACUGCGCCAAAAUGAAACAAAGGCAGCAGAAGACGGCCCUAAUGCGGAAUAACUCAGCCUUGCAGAAUGUCACGCUGCGCACCAAAACUCCAGGAAUGCGUGAGCGUCCAAGUUCAGCCAUCUACCCUUCCGACAGCUUCCGACAGUCUCUGCUGGGAUCUCGCCGUGGUCGCUCUGGUCUAACACUGUCCAAGAGUGUAUCCACCAAUAAUAUUGCAGGCACCCUGAAUGACGACUCUCCCCUGGGGCUGCGCAGGAUCCUGUCCCAGUCCACAGACUCCCUGAGCUUCAGGACCAGAGCUAUGUCAGUGGAGUCUCUCACUGAUGACGGAGACAUCUAUUAUACCUCAGUACUGGAGGAGAUGGAGUUCGAGUGCCAGGACUUUAAGGCUGACUCAUGGAGCAUGGCGGUGGAAAGCAGCUACUUGCAGACACACCGCAAAAACAUCAUCAAGAGGCAGGAUGUCAUCUAUGAGCUGAUUCAGACAGAGCUGCACCACAUGCGAACACUGUAUAUCAUGGAAAGGGUGUUUCGACAGGGUAUGCUGGAGGAGCUUCAACUGGAACCCAGCACUGUGUAUGCCAUGUUUCCCUGUCUGGACCAGCUGAUCAGGAUACAUUCCCAUUUCCUGGCACAACUUCUCCUGCGACGCAACAAUAGCCUGCAGUCUGGAUCCAGCCGCAACUUCACCAUUCACCAACUGGGAGACAUACUCCUAGAACAGUUUUCAGGCCAGUGUGCAGAUGACAUGCGGAAGACCUACGCUGAGUUCUGUAGCCGCCACUUGAAGGCUGUCAAAUUUUACAAGGAACUGUUGGCCAGAGACAAGAGGUUUCAGUGCUUCAUACGGCGGGUGAGUCGAGGACCCUUACUGCGGUGCCAUGGUAUUCAGGAGUGCAUUUUAUUGGUGACUCAGCGGAUUUCCAAGUAUCCUGUCCUUAUCCAGCGCAUUCUGGACAACACCACUGAUGAUGAUGAAGAAGUUUCGUCUCUGACCCAGGCUCUUUCAAUGAUCAGAGAACUUCUUAGUUCAAUAGACCAACAGAUGGAGGACUUAGAGAAAACACAGCGGCUGCAAGAGAUUCACGCAAAGCUGGACCCACGGGCUGAAACAAGAGUAAGGGAUGGUGGACUUUUUAAGCCUGGAGAGUUGCACCGCCGGAGACUCAUUCAUGAAGGGACUCUUUUAUGGAAAACCCCAGGUUCCCGACUCAAAGAUAUACAGGUCUUGCUGAUGACAGACAUCCUCGUGUUUCUGCAGGAGAAAGACCAGAGGUACAUCUUUCCAUGUCUGGACAAACCUCCAGUGCUGUCCCUUCAGAACCUGAUAGUUAGGGACAUAGCCAAUCAGGAGCGUGGCAUGUUCCUCAUCAGUGACUCCUCCCCGCCUGAGAUGUAUGAGUUCCAUGCUGCCUCCAAGGAGGAUAAGAAUAUCUGGAUACGCCACAUCCAGCGCACUGUCAGCAAGUGCCCAUCAAGGGAGGAGUUCCCCCUUAUUGAAACUGAACACAAGGCCCAUCUUAGGAGACUCAGAGCUGAUCUCCAACAGAAGGACCAGGAAAUGCUGGAACUCCUGCAGGAGAGGGUAACACUAUUCUGUGAGCUCGCAGAGGUGACAAGUGGUCAGGAAAGUCUACAGCCUCCCAUCACUCGUUACUUGUUCAGGGCAGACACACCCCAAGCUCCCCGUGCAGAGAAACUCCUACUGGAUGCCACAGCUGAGGUGGACAGGUUGAGUGAGCUCCUUCUGGGUUCUAGUGUGGACAUCCUUCUUCCAUGCCAUCACAACCACAUGGAGGUGGUAGAAACCAGUGAGUCACUGAAGACUUCAGUCAAAAAUCAUUUAGAGGACCAUACAAGAUACAUAAAAUUCAGUGACAGGAUCUGUUGGUCAAUGGAGCCCAUGACUUUUUUGCAGCAAAGGUGAGCUUGGGACCAAAAUGGAAGCAUAACAGGUGGGAGUGGGUUUAUAGGGCCAGCCAAGUUUAACUUUUGUGGGAGUAUUAGACUGUCUUUAUAACACUGACCAGCGAUUAUUACUGGGUGGAGUGGAAAUCAGACACAGUCAUUGUGGCAUACUGGUCCAGAGGUUUGAGGGAUGGAACUAUUGUCACUGAAUGUUUAAUAGUAACACAAGUUCUGUCCACCUGCAGAAUACUGCUACUACUACUACUGGUGUCAAAGUAGAUCACAAAAAAUAUUUUUACUAUACAGUUACAAGGUAAUAUCACUCACCAAGUAGGUUUGUUGCCAGUUGGUUUGGUUGAUUUGAUUGAUUCCUAGUAGGUUCAGGAUUUUUUGCCACUAGCAUACAAUAUCAGCAAAAUGCUGCAUGAACUUGUGCAGGGGUUCAGUGUUCCAAACCUUAAUUAUGAUACUGUCAUUUAUGUUAUUAUGUUCACAUAGUGGAUAUGUCAAAAUUAAUGAUAAAUGAUAACUCAAAUAACCGCAGAUUGGUUGAGAUGAGAUUAAUUAAACUACCAUGUAUCAUGUGCACUGGACUUAACUGGAAUGUGAAGGCAUCACGGUACAUACACAACAAAGUGAGAUGGAAGAUGAAGUGGGAGGGCUGAAACCCCUAACAUAGCAUCCAGCAGUGCAUCACAGGUCAGGACUUCCAUUUUAGCAGAAAAAGUAGAAGAAGUAGAAAUGGCUACAGUUAAAAGGUGUUCUAUUAUUAUAAUGAUGACAUUCAAGGUCAGACAUUGGAUUUUGCUACAACAGAUAUGUAGUAAUAUAAAAACUUUUUUGGUACCGCUUAAAAUGACGACCGCAGCUACAUUGUGGUAUGGGUGCAUAGUGAAUUUUAAUGCAUUCAUUCAGCUUUAUGACUACACUCAUCAACACACACCUGUUCCUGGACAGCCAUUCACUGUCCCAUCAAUUUGUUUACAAAUGUGCAAUAGCUAUUGAUUGUA